ACGUAGCGUCAGGUCAGUCGUGGCUUGGGCGUGACAAUGCUCGCUACUUACUGGCGCAGUCUCUGAUAGCCAACUGAUCUUCACUCGCCACACCUUUGUCAUAGGAAAUUUUCAUGGCGACUCCAACAGCCAUGGAUGCGUGCAACUAUUGUGGAGCUCCAGGAGCCCUGAAGUGUGGCAGAUGUCACGCUGCGUGCUACUGCAGCCGCGACCAUCAGAGACUCGACAGCGGCGAUCACAGAGAUCUUUGUAAAAACUACACCUCGGUGUCUUCCCCCGACCUGGGAGAGCACCUGGCAGCCACUUGUUUGAUCCUGCCAGGGAAUCUGAUAUUCUCCGAGAAUCCCAUCCUUGUUGGCCCAGUCGCUUACUCCGACUUGAUUUGUCUCGGCUGCCAUUCCGCUAUCACCGAAGAGGAUUUCAGCAAGUGUCCGGACUGCAAGUGGCCUGUCUGCAGCAAGGUCUGUGCAAACUCGAAGUCUCACUGGGCAGAGUGUGAUGUACUAGCUAAGGAUGAACUUGGAAUUGGAAUUCCGCAACACAUCGGCCAGACUCCUCGCUAUGAUUUAAUUAUGCUUCUUCGAGGACUGCUGCUCAAAGAGACCGAUCCAAAGUCCUGGAAGGUUUUAAUGGCAAUGCAAAGCCACAAAGAGAUUUGGAAGAAAGACAAUGAUCCAUUCCAUGCAGCUGCUGUUAAGUAUUUCACUGAAGUUUGUAAAUGUGGCUUUGACGAAGAUGAGAUUCACCACGUCAGAGGAGUCAUCAUGACAAAUUGCAUGGUUUUUAAAAGCGACAAGGGAACUUCACUGAGGGCUCUAUACCCCCAGUUUCGUCUUUUCAACCACUCGUGUAUCCCCAAUAUUCAUAUCAGUUCGAAUUCUGACGGGGAGAUCACAGCUCGUGCUGCCGUCACAAUUCAAAAAAAUGAGCAGCUUUGCAUUUCGUAUACAGGCACCAUGGAACCUCUUUGGCAACGUCAAAAAUAUUUAAGCGAAAUUUAUAAAUUUCAGUGUCAGUGUAAAAGGUGCUCGGACCCCACUGAAUUUGGGACAUACUUUUCAUCUCCUAGGUGCCCCGAUUGUAGACGAUCAUUCAUGCUUCCUUCUGGAAAUGGUAGUAUAAAUUGGUGGAUUUGUGAAACGUGUGGCCUUCGUUACGAGCUGAUAGACGUUUUGCAAGAGGUGUCAGACUGGUUGAAUCGCAUCGACAUGAGUGAUUUCAUCGGGAAGCGAACAGUAAAGCAGCUUAAUAAGGACGUGGACAGAAUGCACGAUUCGUUCCAUCCUCUGCAUUAUGUUCCUCUGCAGUUCACCCAGAAUUUGCUUAGAGAAAUUAAAGGUGAAAACUACGUAACUUUCAAGCUGCGCCAAGAAAUAUGGGAAAACCACUUGGAGAUCUGCGACAAGUUGGAGCCUGGCCUUACCAGACGAAGAGGAAUGGUAUUGUUUAACCUCGGAGCCACAAUCAAUGGAGUGGUCAAGUCAGGCAUCGCCGAGAAAGAAAUAUACUUGCCACGCGUUCCAAGCUUACUUCAGGAGGCCAAGCUAUUCCUUCUGGAGGCUCAACGUAUUUUUCAGUUGGAGCCGAAGACGUCGCGGGAGCGUCACUGGCUUUACAGCAUCACGAGUGUCUACGAUGAAAUAGAAGCCAUGGAACGAAGCUGCCAGGAGGGCACGGAACACUUAGAAUAGAAUAGAAGUGUCGGCACUGAAGAAAUAGGCCCAUGGCCU